AUGGUCCCGGAGGAGAGGCCGCACGGCCCGGGCGCCGGCGAGGAGAGCCCCCGGCUGCAGGGCGGCGACCCCCUGGCGCAGACGCAGCGAGGCGGCCUGCAGAGCCGCAGGGCCCGCGUCCACCAGCAGAUCAGCAAGGAGCUCCGCAUGCGGGCGGGCGCCGAGAACCUGUACAGAGCCACCAGCAACAGCCGCGUCAGGGAGACCGUGGCCCAGGAGCUGAGCUACGUCAACUCCAGCCUGCAGCUGCUGAAGGAGGAGCUGGAGGAGCUGGACUGCGGCACGGACGCCGACGGGCCUGGGAGUGGAGGCGUCGCUGUGCCCCUGAUCCCCCUGGGGCUGAAGGAGACGCAGGAGCUGGACUGGUCAGCAGCCCUGAUGGAGCUGAUCUCGGAGCGCUUCGGAGAGGACGGCGCCACCUACGAGGCGGAGAUCAGGGAGCUGGCGGACCUGCGGCAGGCCGCGCGGACGCCCAGCCGCAGCGAGGCCGGCCUGGAGCUGCUCAUGGCCUACUACAACCAGCUCUGCCUGCUGGACGCCCGCUUCGCCGGCCCGGCCGGGGGCCUGGGGCUGCUCUUCCAUUGGUACGACUCGCUCACCGGGGUCCCCGCGCGGCAGCGGUCGCUGGCCUUCGAGAAGGGCAGCGUGCUCUUCAACAUCGGGGCGCUGCACACGCAGAUCGGGGCGCGCCAGGACCGCUCCUGCCCCGGGGGCGCCGGCCGCGCGGCCGAGGCCUUCCAGAGGGCGGCAGGCGCCUUCAGCCUCCUGCGGGAGAGGUUCUCGCAGGCGCCGAGCCCCGACAUGAGCCCCGCCUCGCUGCGCGUGCUGGAGCGGCUCAUGGCCGCCCAGGCCCAGGAGUGCGUCUUCGAGGGGCUCUCGCUCCCGGCGCCCGCCGCCCCCCACGACGGCCCGGCCCAGCUGCGCCUGGCGCAGGAGGCCGCCCAGGUGGCGGCCGAGUACGAGCAGGUGCGCCGGGCCAUGGCGCAGCCGCCCGCCCGCGACUACGUGCCGUUCGCCUGGAGCGCGCUGGUGAUGGUCAAGGCCGAGCACUUCCGCGCCCUGGCGCACGUCCACGCGGCCACGGCCCUGUGCGGCGGCGGCGCCCCGGCCGAGGCGGAGCCCCCGGUGCGGGAGCAGGUGCACCCGGAGCCCCCGGACCGCCCUGAGCCCCAGCGCCCCGCACUGGCGCUGCCGCGGGAGCCGGAGGAGCGCAGGAAGCUGGGCAAGGCCCACCUGCGGCGCGCCAUCCUGGGCCAGGAGGCGGCGCUGCGGCUGCACGGCCUGGGCCGCGCCCUGCGCCGCGUGGACCCGCUGCAGGCGGUGCUGGCCCAGGCGCUGCGGCGCUCGCUGGCCCAGUACUCGGCGCUGGACCUGGAGGACGACUUCUUCGAGGCCCCCGAGGCCCCCGACGUCCCGCCCCGGACGCAGCGGCGGCCGGCGGCGCGGGCGCCCAGCUUCUCGCGGGUGAAGGCGGCGGACAUCUUCCACCGGCUGGGGCCGCCGUCCGUGUUCUCAGCCCGGGCCCGCUGGCGGCUGCUGGGCCCCGUGCACCUGGCCCGCGGGGACGGCGGCUUCGGCUUCACGCUGCGGGGCGACGCGCCGGUGCUCAUCGCGGCCGUGGACCCCGGGGGCCGCGCCGCGGCGGCCGGCCUCAGGGAGGGCGACUACAUCGUGUCGGUGGACGGGCAGCCGAGCCGCUGGUGGAAGCACGCGGAGAUGGUGGCGCGGCUCAGGGGCGUGGGCGCCGAGGGCGUGAGCCUGCAGGUGGCCUCCCUGCUGCCCGGCGCCGAGCCCCCCGGCACGGGGGACCGCCGGCCGGCGCUGCGGGGGCUUCUGCGGAACCAGGAGCGGAACCAGGAGCGCGGCUGGGAGCCUGCAGCCCCGAGAGCCAGCCCCAGGCCCCUGCUCGGCUGGAGCCGCAAGGCCAAGAGGGGCAGGCCGGGCGGGCGGCUGUCCCCGGCCCCCCAGCCCUGA